AUGACGUUUGGCUUACACUGGCUUCACGUCUUUUCGUACUGCACGGCACUCUCUGCAGGCUACAACCUCCGUCCUUCGACCAACAACCGUCUCUUCCUCUCCCUCCGCAGUGGGAUCCCUACUGAAGUCGACUAUGCCCUGGAAGAGCUCGUCCAUCUGACCCAUGCGGGCCGGAUCAACCUCUCUGAUUUCCCUGGGAGCGUCGAGGCGUUGUUGGACCUGGUUGAGGGGUGGGUGGAGGAUGUCGAGAGGGAGAGUGCUGCGAGUGCGGUCGGUUUCCAGACGUCAGGGGAUACAGAAGCAACAGUAUCGGCCUUUGGCUCAAGAUCGUCGACUACGGUCCUCGGACUGGGCAUAGACCAACCUACGGUUGACCGUGAACGUCGAGCGACCGACGCCCUCUUAGUCCUUAGGAACGCCGUCUUUGCAGGAGAAGACGUCGAGAACGCCACGGCGAAGCAGAACAAGCAGGUCGUCAUCUGGACGAUCCCGGGCGUACCGAUUCAUGGGUUAUUAAGAGCGACGAUGAAGCGACCGGAACCGAUGCUCUACAUGCUAGACCUGUUGAUCGCGCUUUUCCCAUCUCUCGUGUCACUGUUGGAAGAAGCCGAAGCGCCCACACUCCCCGAACUGUUCCUUACCACCGGGGACGUCGGUUUCAUCGUCCCCCUCGACCAACUGUUCACUCUGGUUCCGGCGCACUACCUCCCCUCGGCCAGGCUCAUCCCCAAGUUGAUCUCGUUCCUGCUCCUCACCCCGGCCUUGUUGACCAACUCGCUCAACCUGUUGUAUCACAUCACGCAAGAGGUGACGACGAGCAUGUCGGUGCUCAAGGAUCCCGAGAUCGUCAACUACCUCCGCAUCCUCACCCGGUUGGUCAAAUGGGACGCUAGAGAACUCUCCCUCGCUCUGAAGCACGCGGGGCAGGUCGGAACGUAUAUAGAGUCGCCUGAACCAGGAGCGCUAAAACUACAAGCCGUGGACAAGAAGGAUGCGUAUGGCAAGCAUUACACGUCGCAGCAGACGAUCGGGGUGGCUUUGAAACAGGAUGAUGGCAAGGACGAUACGGGCGAGAGUGUGGGGCUCGGACCGGUGGUCAAGAUGAGCGAUGAGAGGAGAAGGAGGAUCAGAUCGAUGAAGGAGCCGGAGCGGGCGCAUGCAUGGAUGGCGGACACGUUUGUCUCGCAACCCGACUCUUCCGUCACGCAGGUGGUCUUUUGGAGGGCAUACAAUGCUUUCGUUCAGCAGUCACCAGAUGAACAGCCCAUCCCUCCAGGCGGGACGGCAGGCGACGUGAUCAAGAGCGCGACCACGGUGUUCCCCGCUGCCAAUGCCAUGGUCAUCAACAAGGAUGACGAUGGUCAGCCUUUACCCACAAAUGUUUUCGUUAUUGCCGGAAUGAGGUUCAAGAGGAGCCGUGUACACACGUUUGCGUGUCGAUGGGAAGGAUGCGCCAAUGCACAAAAUUACCGUAGCCCGGAAGAGCUAUACGCACACCUGAAAUCGGAGCACGGCACAGAAAUUGCCUCACCUUGCCGUUGGCAAGCUUGUCGAAGCAAGAGCUCCAGCCCAGCACAUCUCGGCACGCACGUUCCACCUCCUAUCAGACCUGAGAGAGAACCCAAAAUCAAGCGGGUGCUGAUACAUCCCGAAAGUUCGGCCGAGAGUGUGAAAUCGGCCUUCGUGACGUAUCGUCCGCCUCCAAUAUUACCUAGGGAAUAUAGCCUGCACUACACCGGAAUCAUGUCGCCUGUUGAUGUCAAGGGCCAACCCGCCUCUGACGCUUUCUUCGCGAGUUUGGUCCUCCGCAACCUGGGGAAAGCGCUCCGGACCGACACGGAGAGAGUAGAAAACGAACAAGACGCCGAGGACGCUGAAGGCGGUCGAAGAGCCAGAAAGAGGAGAAAGAUGGAAAGGGAAGGCGCGUUCGGAUUGCCAGCACCACCUGGCCUGUUGGAUGCAGAUCUUGCCAUUGCGGAUCCUGCCAACGGUUCGGGCAAUGCCCGGCUUAGCCCGAUCGAAAGGACAAGGGCCCGAGACGCAUUUGGGGGAGUGGUCGAAAAGACGGUUUUGGAGAUUUUGGGUAUGGAGGGCGCCAUCGCAGCCAAGCUGCUCGAUUGCGUGGGGUUCUAG